GACCUUUUAUGACCCGGAAGCUGACGCCAAACCCGAGCUGUUCCAUCGGCGGAGUAAAGAUGGCUGACCAAGGCGUCGCAGAUCCUGGUAAUAACAACAAUAAUAAGCCUGAAACCUCGGAGGGAACUAUUAUUAAGGUCACAGUAAAAACCCCUAAAGACAAAGAAGAAAUCGCCAUCGCAGAAGAUGCCUCUGUCACCCAGUUCAAAGAAGAAAUCUCUAGGCGGUUCAAAGCCAAACAGGACCAGUUGGUUUUGAUUUUUGCAGGGAAGAUCUUGAAGGAUGGAGACAGUCUCAGUCAACACGGCAUCAAGGAUGGCUUGACAGUUCACCUAGUGAUAAAGACAGCACACAAGGCAGGAGAUGGCAGUAGCACCUCUGCAUCUAGCUCAACCUCCACCCAAGCAGGCAGUGCCUCCGGCUCUAGUUCUGGUACCAACCCGUCCUCCACAGCAGGCUCUACUGGCUCUGCCCCACCAUCCACACAGACACCUAACAUACUGACUGGCUUCGGUGACCUGGCUAGUCUGGCUGGACUGGGCAUGGGCUCGGCUAACUUCAUGGAACUGCAGCAGCAGAUGCAGAGGCAGCUCAUGUCCAACCCAGAGAUGCUUUCCCAGAUCAUGGAGAACCCGCUUGUGCAGAACAUGAUGUCCAACCCAGACCUGAUGAGACAGAUGAUCAUGGCCAACCCACAGAUGCAGCAGCUGAUGGAACGCAACCCUGAGAUCUCCCACAUGCUCAACAACCCUGAGCUCAUGAGACAGACCAUGGAGCUGGCCAGGAACCCAGCCAUGAUGCAGGAAAUGAUGCGAAACCAAGACCGGGCUCUGAGCAACUUGGAGAGCAUCCCAGGAGGUUACAAUGCCUUGCGGAGGAUGUACACAGACAUCCAGGAGCCCAUGUUUAGUGCUGCCAGGGAACAGUUUGGUAGCAACCCGUUCUCAGCUCUAGGUGGCAGCUCAGAGUCUGGUGCCCAGCCAUCACGGACAGAGAACCGGGAGCCCCUGCCUAACCCAUGGGGACCGCCAAAUUCUUCUAACCCUUCUGAGAGUGGAGGGAGCACCACAGGAAGCACUAGCACCACUGGGGGUAGCAACCCCAGUGUAUCCAAUCCUCUAGGUAUCAAUCCUGGCAGUCUGGGCAAUGGCAUGUUCAGUAGCCCGGGCAUGCAGAGUCUACUGCAGCAGAUCUCUGAAAACCCUCAGCUGAUGCAGAACAUGCUGUCUGCUCCAUACAUGCGCAGUAUGAUGUCGUCACUGGCUCAGAACCCAGAGUUGGCCUCCCAGGUUUUGAUGAAUAACCCCUUGUUUGCUGGAAACCCACAGCUGCAGGAACAGUUCAGAGCUCAGCUGCCCAUAUUUCUGCAGCAGAUGCAGAACCCAGAAUCCAUGUCAGUGAUGACCAACCCCCGGGCCAUGCAAGCUCUAAUGCAGAUCCAGCAGGGCCUCCAGACACUGCAGACAGAAGCACCAGGCCUCAUGCCAAGUUUGAUGACAGGUGGAAUUCCUGGCAUACCCACAGGAGGGGGCAUGCCUGUAGAGAACCCAGCCCCCUCGCCCAGCAGUGCAGCAACAAACACUGCCCAGCAGCAGCUGAUGCAACAGAUGCUCCAGAUGUUUGCUGGAGGAGGUGCAGGAGGAAGUGCAACGACCCAGACCCCAGAAGUUCGGUUCCAAUCCCAGCUGGACCAGCUGAAUGCCAUGGGUUUCAUCAACCGCGAGGCAAAUCUGCAGGCCCUCAUCGCUACUGGAGGAGACAUCAAUGCCGCUAUUGAGAGACUGCUGGGCUCACAGCCCUCCUAAAGACAUACAGUACAUAGUGACAACGCAGACAUGUGUGUACAUACCUAACUCAUACACACACACCCAGCAUCUACAGAGAGAAUCAGAGAAAAGAAAUGUAAGUAUAUUGUCCCAGAUUUUACAGGAGAAACUUGGGCAGGAUCUGUAAGGCCCAUAUUUUGCAUUUGUUCUCAGAUCAUUCCCUACUCCCUGUACUUUAACUUUUUGACGUCAUCCACCCAGACCUCUUCCAGAGUACUGCUGUAGAGCCGGACUGAAGCACUCUCACUUUGAGGGGUGCUCUGGCACAUAGAACAGGAGCGAAAAUCUCUCCUGGAAAGGGAUUACCAACCGUUCCUUCAUUCUUUUUUCUUCUUCACAUAAAACUGGAGUUGAAUGAUGCAGACAGACAUUGACAUAAUACAGAUUAAACCCAUAUUAUGUGACUGGCUUUUGGUUCUGUUUCAUAUGUGGUCAUUGUGGGGCAGUUUGUUAGCAUUUAAUUAGCAAAUCAAUACAUACAGAUAGAACAGAUAUCCUGUCCACACAGGCAUUCAGCCUCAUUCCUUCCUCUUACCAUUCUCUUGAUUCUACAUAAAUAUGUUUUUGGCCAACAACUUUCAUUAUUUAUUGCAAGUGCUUAAGAACCCGACACCCUCCACACUUCUUUAAACUUGUGAUUUAUUAUAUAAACGUGCCCACUCACAGGUGCAUAGUGUCUUUUUCUUCUGAGGCACCAUUGCUGUGCCUUCUGGCCUCUCCUGCCCUCUAAGAGCAUUGUCAGCCAAUUACACCGUCACUCACUGGGUUCAUUAGAAACCCCCAGUAACUUCAACAUAACAUCACCCAGAACUGUAGCCAUAAUCAAACAUUACAUAGCAGCAUCUCAGAAGCAGAAGGGAUGCUGUUAGAAUUGAUGUGAAUGAAACAAACACACUCUCCUUGCAUUUUAAUCGGACUAUUCAUUUUCUUUUCUUUUUUUUUGCCUUUGAGGUGCAGUUAGUUCUUAUGAUUUGUCUCAUAAACAUGGAAAUCAAGUGAGUAAAAAAGUGCUUUCCAUCAAUGAAGGUAUGGUGGCACCAUACAUUUAUAAAAUCAAGUUCUAGGUUGUCUUUUUUUUUUUUUUCCUUUUUAAAUUUUCAGCAUUGUAGUUGUGGUAACCUUGGCAAGUGCUUCUAUAGCGUUGCUUUGUCUGUUGACCUCAGCUGAAAAUGAAAAACAAAAUCCAUCUCCCAAUUGAACAUGUUGGAACUAACUUUUAACAGUACUGUACUAAAAAAAAAUAAUAAAACAUGGU